UCCCCCCUGCCCUUCUCUCUCUCACUCACAAAGAAAGAGCUUUUGCUUAGCUUUUCUUCACCAAACUUAGUCCCUUCUUCUUGUUUCUCUCUCAUUCUCACCCAACUCAGCCCCCCCAUUUAGCUCACAUAGGGUCAUAUUGAACCACAUUCAAUCAUUACAAAUUUCCAACCUCUCUUUGCCAAACCAUCUUUGCUUUUUAUUAAGACCAACAAAGAAAGAAGAAAAAGGAAACACAAAAAAAGAGGAACCCAAAAACUUUAAUCAACUUAGUCCUUUUAACUAGUUAGUGAAAUUGUCAAUUAAGUGUCAACAUGGAGAAUGAAUUUUUUCUGAACCCAGCACUGCAUUUUGAAACACCAUCAGCUUCAAUAAUGCCCACUUGGCACUCUCUUUCAGCAGCCAUGGAGAUUCAAAUUCAAGGGACUGAGCAAUCCCAAGAUUGCUUUUUUAGUUCCAACGCAGAUCAAAGUGCCCACUUUGAUUCAGCCUUGAGUUCAAUGGUGUCUUCACCUGCAGCGUCAACUAACAAUGUUUCUAAUGACAGUUUUGUGAUCAGGGAGUUGAUAGGAAAGCUGGGAAACAUUGGAAAUAACAGUGCCAACAAUUCAUGCUAUAGCACUCCUCUGAAUUCUCCUCCUAAGCAGCUAAGCUUGCCUAUGACUGAUCAUUUGGUAAAAGAGAACUUACCCAGUUUGGGAAAGUCUAUGCCUUUGAAUUCUAGUGUGGCAGAGUUCUCUGCUGACCCUGGAUUUGCUGAGAGAGCUGCAAGGUUUUCACGCUUUGGAAGCAGGAGUUUCAAUGGUAGAACGGGCCAAUUGGGACUAAACAACACUGAAUUCCAGAAGAAACCAAAUCUUUUGAUGGGAAAUGGGAAUCAGAAUCUCCCCAGAGUUUGUAGUAGUCCUUCUCUCAAAGCACAGGGAUCUCAAUCGGGUGCCCAGGAAAACAAGAAUUCUUCUCCAUUGCAGGAUUCUCAAGAGGAAUCCACCAUUUCUGAACAAAACCCAAAUGGGGAUUCCAAUUCCAGGAAAAGAAAAACAGCUUCCAGGGGGAAAAAGGAGCCUCCAUCAUCAUCACCAUCUGCCAAUGCUACUAAGGUGGGUGAAGCUAAUGAUAACUCGAGAGCAAAAAGAAGCAAGCCUAAUGAGGAUAAUGGAAAUGGAAAUGACCCUGUUAAAGCAGAGGACGAAACCCAAAAAAGUAGUGCAGACAAGACUAACACAAAACCUCCCGAGCCUCCCAAGGACUACAUUCAUGUUAGAGCAAGAAGGGGUCAGGCUACUGACAGCCAUAGUCUCGCCGAAAGAGUCCGAAGAGAGAAGAUUAGCGAAAGGAUGAAGCUUCUCCAAGAUCUUGUACCUGGUUGCAAUAAGGUCACCGGAAAAGCACUUAUGCUUGAUGAAAUUAUAAAUUAUGUGCAGUCGUUGCAACGUCAAGUCGAGUUCCUUUCCAUGAAAUUGGCUUCUGUCAAUACCAGAAUGGAUGCCAGCAUGGAUAGUCUAUUUUCAAAAGAUAUAUUUCAAUCGAACAACAAUUUGCCACACCCAAUAUUCCCAUUAGAUUCCUCGGCAUCCGCUUUUUAUGGUCAGCAGCCCCAUCAAAAUCCAGCACUACAUAGCAACAUAUCCAACGGGACAGUGACCCAAUGCUCUGUGGACCCAAUUGAUACUGCACUAUGCCAAAGUCUAAGCAUGCAAUUACUUCCACUCAAUGGAUUUAGUGAGAGUGUUGCUCAAUAUCCAAAUUUUGGUGAAGAUGACCUGCAAACCAUUGUACAAAUGGGUUUGGGUCAAAAUCCUAGCCGGGAAACAGCAUUGCAGCCACAAAGCUUCCAUGGCUCAAAUCAAGUACCACACAUGAAGGUUGAGCAGUGAUUGAUUUGCACCCCUCAUCAAUUCAAGGCCCUGAAGCAAAGAGAGGCUGCUGUAUAUACAAGAGAUUAAUUUGGCCCAUUACAUGAACCACUAAGCCAUUCAUCUUUAGGUCUAAUGAAGUGGACAAUUUUUUCUUUUUCAUUUUAAUUUUUUUUUCCUUUUCAAUGUGAUUUUGUUGUCUAAUUUUUUUUGGGGGGGAGUUAUUUUUUGUAUCCACUAUCCACUGUCUUUUGGUGCAAAAAGUCUAUCUGCACCGCGUGUAAUAUAACAAUUACAGUGCUAAUUAAUAGAAGAGUUUUCUAUUCUACAAGCUUU